GUGUAAAGGAGUGGAGCUCGAUCUCACAUCACUCUUCCCUCUUCCCCGAGUCCUUUCUCAACUCUCCCCCGGGUUUCUACCCUCCCGAACCUCUCCCCUUCUACCCUCACAACCCCAACCCUCCCCCCGAUCUCUUACCAACACAUUUAUCAGGUUCAUUAGGAGACGUUUGUCCAAUGGAGAACCAGAGCCAUCUCGUUGACCAAAGAGCCCAGUUCUGUACUGACGACCAGGUUGCAGUUAUGGACUCCGGUGUGAUUGAAGGAGGGCUCAAUGUCACCCUUACCAUUAGGCUGCUCAUGCAUGGCAAGGAAGUCGGAAGUAUAAUCGGAAAGAAAGGUGAAUCUGUGAAGAAGAUGAGAGAAGAGAGCGGGGCUCGCAUCAACAUCUCUGAGGGCAAUUGUCCGGAGAGGAUCAUUACUUUGGCAGGCCCAACCACCGCCAUCUUUAAAGCAUUCUCCAUGAUCAUUGAAAAGCUUGAAGAGGACAUAAGCAGCUCAAUGACAAACAGCACAGCAACCAGCAAGCCCCCAGUGACCCUACGCAUUGUGGUCCCUGCCAGCCAGUGUGGCUCCCUCAUCGGGAAGGGUGGCUGCAAGAUCAAAGAAAUUCGAGAAUCAACUGGUGCUCAGGUACAAGUGGCAGGCGACAUGCUCCCUAACUCCACAGAGCGAGCAAUCACCAUUGCUGGUACCCCCCAGUCGAUAAUUGAGUGCGUGAAGCAAAUCUGUGUGGUCAUGCUUGAGUCUCCCCCUAAGGGGGUCACUAUUCCCUACCGACCCAAGCCUUCAGGAUCCCCCGUCAUCUUCGCUGGAGGACAGGCUUAUGCCGUACAAGGACAGCACGCAAUUCCACAGCCAGAUUCUUCCUCUGCUGCUAUCUCUCCACAGCUCACCAAGCUUCACCAGCUGGCCAUGCAGCAGAGCCCCUUCCCCAUUGCACAAAGCAACCAGGGAUUCACUGGGAUGGAUACUUCUGCUCAAACCAGUUCCCAUGAGAUGACCAUUCCAAAUGAUCUUAUUGGGUGCAUCAUCGGCCGCCAGGGAUCUAAGAUCAAUGAGAUCAGGCAGAUGUCGGGCGCCCAGAUCAAGAUUGCGAAUCCAGUGGAUGGAUCGACUGACCGCCAGGUCACCAUCACUGGCUCGCCUGCCAGCAUCAGUCUGGCGGAGUACCUCAUCAACGCCAGGCUUUCCUCUGAGGCCACAGGACUGGCAGCCAACUGAUAGACACUGCAUCUGCACUAAAUCUCACUUUUAUAUCAUCGGCCACCAUAAAGCAGUCAAUACAACUAUCCAACUUAAGAGUUUAUAUUUUAUGCUGCCUCUUCCUCAUUUGAAAUCAUGUCAACCACCACUGAUUUGAUCUGCUGAGUUCAUUAUUUAUUUCAUUUGUUUUGGUUUUAGUCAAAAGAAGCAAUUAGGUUUUUAAUUCCCAUUUUGAGUAUAGUUGGAGGUUUUAAUGAUUUAUUACUUUUUCUUUUUUCAAUGGUUUCCCUCUAUCUUUUUUUUCUUUUUUCUUUACCACCACAGAGAAGUAGAGUUUGAAAACUGAAUAGGCAUAUAGAUUUAGUUCUGUACAGUCAUUUGUUUUCUUUAAAAGGAAAAAGACAAAAAAGGAAAAAUUAAAAAAUAAGAAUAGUGACUUAUUCUGUGUUUAUAUAUACACACCCCCUUUUUCUAACCCAGUUCCACAAAGUUGGCCUUUCUAUUUUAUGUCCAUACUCGCUUGCUUUAAAUAUACACAUCAUUCUCCCCCUUUGUCACCUCUUCAAUUUAAAGUGCUUGUACUUGUACGACACUCAUGUCACUGAGAAUACUUGGCUGUACAAUGCACUGUCACUGAUUUAUAUUUGGGUAUAACAACAACUGUUUUAACACUCACGAUUGAAUUUAUCCAGAUCAUUUACAAUGUGUAUUCCUACGCAUGAGGACACUUUCCCCCUUCUCUACAUGUCAUUCCUGUUUUUCCCUAUCUCCUAGUCCUCAGAUCAUGUGUUGAUAUUUUGCUGGGAUGGGAGGUUUUUGGGGGAUUUGGGUGUGGCUCUAGGAAUUGGAAGCAGAGGGUUCUCCUCACUUUCUUUUGUAAAGACUGAUAUAAACUAAACAAAAUGUUGGAAUAUUUGUUUUAAAUGGAGGAAAUUUUUUUUUUUUAAUCUACCAAAGGGGGAUUAACUCCUGGAAACUGAGUGAUCUGUCUUAUUGAAUGUGAUGAGGCUGGGAAUUGAAAUGAUUUGAAGCUCUGGAACUCGACAAAGAAAGGGUUGUGUAUUAACACUAGUUUCCUGCUCUUUGCUUUGCUCAGAAAAUGAUUUUAUUUUUUAUUUGCAGGAAAGACAAACUUUUGUGCACGUUUUGAGACUGUAGACCUGGGUGCCACAACAUUGUUUAAAAAAUAAAAACUGAAAUAAAGAUGUGAAAUGCUCAAACCACAA